AUGGUGGUGACGAGAAGCCAGGGCGACGCAGCCGACGUAGAGGAACAGAGGCGAUCCCGUGAACGGCAAGAGUCUGACCGCCGUCGGGAGGAAAGACAAAUAAGUCUAGAGAGACUAAGGCGCAUAUCACAAGAGCCGCCUGCCUCACCUCAGACCGAGCAAGCCACGUCAGUGGGAAUAGUGUGUACGCCUUCGACGUCUACGGCGCGCAUUAUGUCGGAAACGGUGACAAAGGUGACGGCAAAGGAUCAGCCACGUGUAAGAUCGCCCGCACAGUCCGUUCGAUCUACCGCCAGCGUAACAACAAGGUUGCGUUUGGCCGAACUGGAGGCUGCAGAAAAGAUGGCAGCUAUCAAGAGAAAAGAGCUCGAAUUGGAGGCCGAGCUUGUAAAGAAGAAACUCGCUUUGGACGUGUCCGCCAUUCAAGACGACGCAGAAAGCGUGCAAGGCGAACAACCCGAAGUAGAUGUCAAUGAAUGGCUAAGGAAGAAUCCACUUAGCUCUCGAGGAGAGACCGGUGAGUCAAGGGAGGAGCCGAGAACGCUGCGCUUCGACCUACCACGAGCGAGAUCACCGACGCCUCCGAGAGCCCCGAGCGACAUGGAGAAAUUGGCAGUCGCACUCGAAAGAAUGGCGAGACCUCGGGUGAGACAAGUAGAUUUACCAACAUUUUCCGGCGCAGUGAACGAGUGGCUUCCUUUUAAAGCCGCCAUGCAAGACACUACGAAAUUGUACAACGUGUCUGCCGCUGAGAACAUUCAGCGACUAAGAAGCGCGCUGAAAGGAGAGGCGCGUGAUGUCGUGGCCGCACUUUUGCAUACGGCCACAGACCCGAGCACUAUUAUGAAGACAUUGGAACAGUGCUUCGGACGGCCAGAAGUGAUUAUUGAUCGUGCCUUGGACGAGUUAAGAAAGACGUCCAAGCCCGGCUCAACGGCGACGGAACUCAACAACUUCGCGAUCAAGAUUCAAAAUGUUAUAUGUGUGUUGCGGAGUAUGGAUCGCCGUGAGUACCUCUAUAAUCCACUUUUGACUCGUGAAGUGUUAGAAAAGUUGAGCCCGCACAUACGAUCACGAUGGUGUGAUUACGCCUAUGAAAAUGAAGGAACGGCUGACCCAGAGAUCGUCGUAUUGUCUCGCUUCCUUAUGCGAGAAGCGGACAGAGCGUUGAAAUAUACGUACGCUCCGUCUGCGGGAACGAGCAGCGCGGCGAAAAGAGAACUCAGACCGGCCAUCGCGAUCAAGAGAAAGGCGAGCAACGUAUACACACUUGAACAAGAAGAAAAACAAGAGUGUCUGGCAUGCAGCGAGGCGCAUGUGUUAACGCAGUGCCCUAAGUACAAAGCACUUAGCGUCGAACAGCGAUGGAACCUGAUCAAAGAAAAGAAGCUGUGUUUUAAGUGUGCGAACAGUACUCAUCGGCGCAUAACAUGCAAAGCCAAGCUGUGCGGUGUGGAACAGUGUCGUCGUCCGCAUCACUCAUCGCUGCAUCAAGCGGAAAAGAAACCGGAAAACACAGAGGUACGUGACAAGGAACAAGUAUUGUCAGUGACGCCGAAAACGAACGUCGGCGCACGCACCGUGCUUCUGAAGAUGUGCCCGGUCGUAGUCGCCGGUCCACGGGGGGAGGUGAGAACGCACGCUCUCCUCGACGAAGGUGCCACGGUGACAUUGAUGGAUGAAGAUCUCGCCGAGAAGAUAGGUGCAGACGGCCCUACACAAGCACUGCACCUAAGCGGCGUUAACAUGGCUCAAAAGGAAAAAGCCAGCAAGUUGGUGACGGUGCGAAUUAGAGGUGUGACAGAAGACGAGCCACACUCAAUACGAGCAAGAACAAUAAAGCACCUGAAACUGCACCAACAGACCAUUCCGGCAGUGCUUAUGAAGUUGAAGCAUUUAAGGGACCUGCCGGAAGAAUUGUGCUAUGAACGAGCGCGCCCAGGCAUCUUAUUGGGCGCGGAUCAUUGGGAGCACAUUGUGUCGCGAGAACUGCGAGUUGGCGGCCGCAACGAACCGGCUGCAUCAAGAACGCUACUCGGCUGGGUGGUACACGGUACGUUACCACGUAGCGUCAUAACAAAGAAAGAAAACGUGCUUCAUAUAUACGAGCGGGAGCACGACGGACUGCAUAACCUCGUGGAAGAUCACUUCAAAAUAGAAGCGCUCGGCGUCACACCAGAACCGAGAGUGAGUGACGCAGAUCGACGAGCCAUCGCCACAUUGAAGACGUCUAUAAGGAAGAUAGACUGCGGGUACGAAGUCGGCUUGCCGUGGCGACAAGACAACACCGCCAUGCCGCCGAGCUACAACGCGGCACUUCGACGCCUGCGACAAAUCGAGCACAAGAUGGACGCCUCGCCUGAAUUUGCCCGCGAAUAUACUGCACAGGUGAAUAACCUUAUAGAAAAAGGAUACGCAGUGAGGUGCGACGGGUCAGAAUCAUCGAGCCCCGUCUGUUGGUACCUCCCUCACUUCGCGGUGCAGAACCCGAACAAGCCUGGCAAGCAGAGGUUGGUGUUCGACGCAGCGGCGACAAGUCACGGGGUGAGUCUGAACGACCACUUACUGGAAGGCCCUGACAUGUUGAUGUCUCUGCCCGGAAUAAUGUUUCGGUUCCGGGAGAGCGCUGUAGCAGUCACAGCGGACAUACAAGAAAUGUUCCUGCGAAUCAAGAUCCGUGCCGAAGAUCAGUCAGCGCAGCAAUUUCUGUGGCGCGGUAACGACCGAACCAACCCGCCGCAGCGAUUUAAGAUGACCAGCAUGAUCUUCGGUGCAGCGAGUUCACCAUUCAUGGCGCACUUCGUAAGGAAUCACAACGCCAACGUGCAUGCGCAGCUGUAUCCCAGAGCAGCGGAGGCCAUCACCAAAUAUCACUAUAUGGACGACUUGGUGGCCAGCUACGAUACACCCGGAGAAGCGCACGAAGCCAUAGAGGAAAUGAAGACGGUGCACGCGGCGGCGGGAUUCACUCUGCGCGGUUGGAACUCGAACGACGAGAGUGUGCUUCGCGACGUGCCCCCAGAGUUGCGCUCGAAUCAGCCCACGCAACUGGGGGGAGAACAUCAACACAGCAAGAUAUUGGGACUGCGGUGGGACCCGGAGCGAGACGAGCUGGGAUUCAACACAGCAAUGAGCCGAGUCCCGAAAGAAGUAAAAACGCAAGUGCGCACGCCCACCAAGAGAGAAGCCCUCAGUACAGUCAUGUCGAUCUACGAUCCACUGGGACUUCUCAGCGUGUACACCAUUCGCGCCAAGAUCAUCCUUCAGAACUUAUGGCGCUUAAAGAUGUCGUGGGACGAACGGGUGCCAGAGGAAGACGGCAAGCUGUUCGCGACGUGGUUGUCGCAACUGUCGGCGAUCGGCCAGUUGCGCAUUCCCCGACAUUAUGGACCGACGAGCCACGAGCGACGCAUCGAGCUCCACGUUAUGUGCGACGCCAGCGAGCAGGCCUACGCAGCGGUGGCGUAUUGGCGGAUGGUCGGCCAAGAGAACGUUACACUCUCUUUGGUGGCCGCCAAGGCGAAGGUGGCACCGCGACGGACGCAAACGAUACCCCGCCUCGAGCUGCAAGCGGCGGUAAUCGGGGCGCGCCUCGCUGACGCAGUGAAGAAGGAGCAUCGCAUCGUGGCGGAGAGAACUAUAUAUUGGACUGACUCCACAACAGUCAUCCACUGGAUCCGGAACGACGAGCGACGGUACACACCCUUCGUCGCGCAUCGUCUGCGGGAGAUCGCCGAGCUCACCGACAAAAGUGAGUGGCGAUGGCUACCCACGACGCACAACGUCGCCGAUGAAGCCACUCGACUUCGGAGCGACGCCGUGAGUGAAGACAGCCGGUGGUUCCGGGGACCUGAUUUCCUCCUCGAGCCCGAACAAUCAUGGCCCACGAGAGACGGAAGUCAGGACGACGAAGCAGAGGUCCUGCACGUCACAGAGAGCCCGGAAAAGGAACGCUGGCUGCCCGACCCGACCCGCUUCUCCAAGUAUGAAACAUUGGUGCGAGCCACGGCGAGAGUCUUGGCGUUCGCGGACAUCGCGCGACGCAAGACACCACACCUGGAAGUGGGACACCUGAAGCGGGCGGAGCUGUUAUUAAUGCAACAGGCGCAAAGGGAGAGCUUCGGGGAAGAGCUGCAACGAUUGAAGUCUUCCCAGCCGGUACAAAGGACGAGUCGGCUAUUCAAGCUGGACCCGGUGUUAGAAGAUGGCGUGCUGCGAGUCCGGGGACGCAUCGGAGCAGCCACAGUCCCGGAUGACGCCAAACGACCGGUCAUCUUGGACGGCCGACACCCCGUCACGAAGCUCAUCGUGCUGCAAGAACACUGUGCCGCAGCCGCAGCCACCGGCCACGGGAGAUCUACCCCGUGCCCGCUUGGACCCGUAUCAUCGGCCCUUCUCCAACUGCGGAGUGGACUACUUCGGGCCGAUGAUAGUGAAGAUCGGACGCCGGCGAGAGAAGCGUUGGGGCGCGCUGUUCACCUGUCUAACGACACGCGCCAUACAUCUGGAGCUCGCCGCAUCCCUGUCAACGGAUUCGGCCAUCAUGGCGUUGCGCAGGAUGGCAGCAAGAAGAGGAUGGCCGAAAAUAAUGUAUUCCGACAACGCCACAAACUUCAGGGAGCGGAUGAAGAGCUACGAGCGGCCUACAAGGAGUGGCAACCCGAGCUACGCAACGUCGGGCUGCUGCAUCGGAUGGAGUGGCGCUUCAUCCCUCCGGGCGCACCCAACCAGGGAGGUGCGUGGGAACGGUUGGUGCGAUCAGUCAAAACCGCACUAACCGUCACCCUAAAGGAAAAGGCGCCGUCCGAAGAAACCCUACGGACGUUGUUGGCUGAAGCCGAACAUUCAGUCAACUCAAGACCACUGACCCACGUGAGCGUCGACCCGAGGGACCCGGAGGCGCUCACGCCCAAUCACUUUUACGUCGAUCGACGGGCAUGGCGAGCGGCGCAGGCGUUGGCGGACAACUUCUGGCGCCGGUGGAUAGCGGAGUACCUACCGACCCUGGUACCCCGCGGCGAGUCAACAAGAAGAGUUCGUCCGCUGCGCGUGAACGACGUGGUCGCCAUCGCCGACCAACAGCUGCCGAGGAACGUGUGGCCGCUGGGGAUCGUCCAGCGCACGUUCGAGGGACCCGACGGAGCCAUACGAGUCGCUGAAAUCAAGACAAAGAGCGGCGUAUUUCGACGCCCGGUGACGAAGAUCGUCGUGCUGCACCCGGAGGAGGAGGCUGCGCGAGCUACGCCGGGGAGGAU